GGACGACCUGGCCCAGCUGCCCUUCCUGACUAUGUGCAUCAAGGAGAGUCUGCGCCUGCAUCCGCCAGCUCCAAUGAUCUCCCGCUGCUGUACCCAGGACGUUGAGCUCCCAGAUGGCCGAGUCAUCCCCAAAGGAAACGUUUGUUGCAUCAGCAUCUUCGGGAUUCAUCACAACCCGUCAGUCUGGCCGGACCCUGAGGUCUAUGACCCCUUCCGCUUCGACCCAGAAAAGAUCCAGAAGAGAUCACCUUUGGCUUUUAUUCCCUUCUCGGCGGGGCCCAGGAACUGCAUCGGGCAGACGUUCGCCAUGGCCGAGAUGAAGGUGGCCCUGGCGCUCACGCUUCUGAGCUUCCGAGUCCUGCCCGACGACGAGGAUCCUCGCAGGAAGUCAGAGCUGAUCCUGCGUGCGGAGGGCGGACUCUGGCUGAGGGUGGAGCCGCUGAGCGCGGGCCCGCAGUGA